AUGAUCACUGCCCACAAUGGUAUACACAGCGACAAGGGAGGAAUCCCCCAAAAGGGUGAAGUAGACGAAGUAGUAGAAGUAAGCGAAGUAGGCCAAGUAGACGAAGUAGGAGAAGUAAGCGAAGUAGGAGAAGUAAGCGAAGUAGGCGAAGUAAGCGAAGUAAGCGAAGUAGCCCAAGUAGACGAAGCAACGGAGGCAGAAAGCAUGGCGGACGACUGCCUGUGCGUGACUCACCCCCUUGGUGAUGACUCUGUCCUGUUGAGUUCAUUCCUUUAUGAAUAUUUGAUGAACAAUUUUGAGACCAUCCACCUGAUUCUGAACUCACGUAAAGUGAAAGAUUCUCGUUGGGCUCAAGUAAAGGAGAAGGCACGAGAAUUGAAGAUGCGGAUGGAAGACAGCGGGCAUGGAGUGAAGGGCGAAGAUGGGAGAGGACUACGUGGUUAUGAUCAACCCCUCCAAAGGGUCCGUCAUAUACACCUGGACGGGUUUCUUUUACUCAGUACUGAUGAAGCAGACGUGGAGUAUAACCACAACUUGGUUAAUGUAGGAGUCGAUCUGAACCUAGACAGCGGCGUCGCGACGGUGAUUUCUAACGAAUGCACCCUGAUUAGCAGGAAGUGGAACUACAACCUUGGCGGGAUUGUCACGGGGGGGUGCGAGAUGGGAGAUGCCGACCCGAAGGAAGCACAAGGGGGGAAGGGGCCAAACGGGGGAGGUCAGCCAUACGGGGCAGACACAUCGAAAGGGGUAGCCACGCGAACCCCCGCUCCGGCAAGGCAAAACCAACUCAAAAUGGUGCUCAGAAGAAACGCCAUCAACGCUGCAGACGCCGCCGACGCCACGAACACCAUGAAGGCCCCCAUCCCGCAGGGCGAAGAGCGCGAAAUCGUCGACCGGGUGCUGAGCGCCAUCAAGUUCCACUCGAUAAGCGGAGAAACCAACGAAAUCCACCGAAUCAACGCCUUCUUGUUCGACCUGUUCGAACCCCAAUUUUACAACUCCACGUUGAAAAAAAGCAACUCCAUAAGGUACAAAGAAUUAUAUGAACAGUAUCAUAACAUCAUGAUAAAAUCGAGACACAUAAAAUUGAAUGAAGAAUUUAUCGAGUACCUCCUUCUCGAUUCGAUUUUCCUCCCAAGUUAUGUCAAGCGGAAUAGGCUACGGGUUGUGCAGGAAGAAGACAACGAGUACUCGUCGUUCGAUUCAUAUUCAGAUGCAUCAUCGGGAGAGUUAGAGGAAGUCAGUCACUCAGAUAUGAAAAGUGCACACAUGGGUUGUGACACCGGUAUGGAAGAAGAGACGGGGUUGAAAUGCCACAAGAACGAACUCACUCAUGAUAACAUCCGUGAUGAAAAAUGCGAAAAACGAAAAAGAAGGAACCUAUUCAAAAGUGAACAGUUUCGAAGCCAACUAGAGGAAAUACAACAAGCUAUAGAGGCACUCAACGGAAGUGCCUUCCUCCGAGUUAAUUACAAAAAUAUGAGGAAGGGAUCAUUCGUCAAUAGCUUCAGCCUAGAGGUUAACACUCUAUAUGAUGCCUUGCUAAUGUUAAAAAGCUGCACAGAUGUUUACAAAACGUUGAAGAAAAAGGAAACGAACAGAGACAACUACCUCAGUCUCUCAAAAUACGUAAAUCUCAACCUCUGCUUCCUCUUCGAUGUGUACGUUUAUUGCAACAGUGUAGUGGCUGUGUCUCAAAAAUGUCUCAAUUAUUACUUCGAUUUUUUGUCCAAACCAGACGUAAUUGAAGAUAUCAUACACACCAUAAAUUUUUUCUUCAAAAAACACAUUAAGGAUACCUUCCCCCAGGACCACUACAUUUUGCAGUUAUAUAUCCACUCCUUGAAAAAAACGAACAAGAAAAAAAUUCUCCUCAUAAAUGCCAAAAGCUGGCUCUUCAAAAAUAAGCAUCCUAUCUUUACAAACAAAUUUUUGACUAACUAUUUGUUCACCGAUGGGGUGGAUUCCCCUGUAGAGAAGGAUACACAUCAGGGGUACCCAAAUGGUCGGGGCAUCUACAAAAUGGAUGCUUCCUCUUUUGCAGUAGAACCUCUAACGAUCCGUAAAAGGGGAAGCGGCGAGGUGCACAUGGCGACUACCACAAAGGAGCGUUCGCAGCAUUUCACGCAGGGAAUGGAGAAGUUGGGGGAGGACAACCAAACCGGUACUGCCAAAGAGGAAUCCCAGUUUGAUAUGUUCGUUUGUGAUGACGUCCUCUACUACUGCAUUACGAAGGAUGAGGCGAUCUACAAGAAGAACGCCAAUUUGUACCCGAAGGACUUAAACUACGUCAAGGAGGGUGAAAUCGACAUAGAUAGUUUGCUGCAGACGAUCAAAAUGCAAAAUGACGGCGCCCUGUGA